CGUAUGUUUUGCUAGCAGUUAGCCUCGCGGCUAACGUUGUCGCAACUGACUUGACAACAAAAAUCGCUUAUUUGAAAAGCUUUUGUUCGUUUUUGUAUGUCGAAUUUGUGAUGAGCGUUCGGCUCCUGUGAAGACCAGAAAGGGAGAAGAUGAACGGAAGUACAAACCCGUUGCUGGACAAAGAAGAACAUGUUUUAAAGCUCGGGGAAAGCUUCGAGAAAAGGCCCAAGUCCUCCUUUCAUACCAUCAGAUAUGAUUUCAAACCGGCGUCCAUCGAUACCAGCUGCGAAGGGGAGCUGCACGUUGGCAAAGGAGACGAAGUCACCAUCACAUUGCCUCACAUUCCGGGCUCCACCCCACCCAUGACGGUGUUCAAAGGCAACAAGCGGCAGUAUCAGAAGGACUGCGUGCUCAUCAUCAAUCACGACACGGGCGGCUUUGUCCUGGAGAAACUCAGCAGUAGCAUCCAGGUCAAGAAAACCAGGGCUGAGGGCAGCAGUAAGAUCCAAGCUCGCAUCGAGCAGCAGGCGGUGCGGACCACCCAGGCGGGACCUCAGUUCCGAGCCCCCACUAAGCCGGGCACCACCGUCAAGACAUCGCCGUCGCCCUCGAAGGACGACCCCUCGCCUGAGCCGCAGCUGGACGAUAUCAAGAGAGAGCUGCGAGCCGAAGUGGACGUAAUCGAGCAGAUGAGCAGCAGCGGCAGCAGCUCGUCCGGCUCGGCCAGCGCGUCGCCCAGCCAUGGCAACAGCAGUGAUGAUGGCGGCGGAGGCGCUUGCGAACGUGACGGCAACCGCCCGCCGGGCCAAGUCCCCUCUACGCCCCCCAGCCGCCACUCCCUCGCCAACGGGGGCGCUGAGCGACCGGCGGGCGCCAACCACCAUCUCAUCAACACGCUCAGAAGUGAUCUUCAGCUCAGCGAGUCGGGCAGUGACAGCGACGACGACUGAACCGGACAGACGCGCACUGACGGACCCAACUCACCAACGCCGGCGUGACUGUACCUUUACUUUUGUUUUCCCCUCCUUUGGUCCCCCACAAAUGCAGUAAGAUAGAGUGUAUUUUUUUCAGAUGUCACAUAUUUAAUUUUGUAUGAGAGAGAGACUUUAUGGAUGGAAGAUUCUAUAUGAGAGCACGAUUUAUUUUUCAAUACAUUGUUUUUGGAGGUACAGCCUUAGUUAGGCUUUUAAUAAAAAA